CCUCACUAUCGCUCUGUCUCUGUAUCACUCAGAUCAUCUCUAGCACCGGGCGAGUGAAGGGCAGGAGACGGCCUCCGAUAUCAGAGACUGAAAACAGAAGAGGUAACAAUGGAGUGCUUCAACAGCCUGCUCCUGAAACUGAGGGAGGUCCACGAGCGGCAAGUUGAAGGGUGGCAGAUGAAAAUCCAAGAACUGUCCAAUAAGAAAGGCUGUGAUACAAAGCGAAUGGAAGAUCUGUUCACCAAAAACCAGCAGAUGAAAGAACAGCAAAGACUCCUCACAGAGAACAUCAAGACCCUGGAGAACAGGCUGAGGGCGGGUCUGUGUGACAGGUGCACGGUGACUCAGGAAGUGGCUAAGAGAAGACAGCAGGAGUUUGAAGCGUCUCAGAUCCAGAGCCUGCACAACCUCUCCCUGCUGGCGGGAGAAAUGAACAACCAGAAAAAAGAGAACAAUAGGCUGCGAGAGGAGCUCCGGAGUUUACGAGCAGCACUCGACAGAGGCCAGAGUGACAGCAGCACAGAGGUCAAAGCACAGAGCCCCCCCGACCUCUCCUCCCCCUCGGGCCCCGUGGCCCUCAUCCGCACGGCAACCAGCAGGGCCGGUAAAAAGCCAGAAGAUGGCGAUGUUGUGGUAAAAACUGAGGCAGACCAGAGAAGUGAAGAAGCUCAACACAGUCAACUGAGAUGGAUCAACAGAAACCACUAUGAUUCAUAUAAGCCUCUUUCCUGGAAAACAGAACCUAGCAUACCCCGUGCUGGAGAGCGGAGAUCUCAGAGUGUAGAAGGUCUGGACCAGCGACCCUCCCUCCCUCCUCAAGCUCUGCUUCUUAAGAACUUUCCUACGUUAACUGGCGGAGAAGGGAGACCCAGCAGACAUGUGCUCCAUGCUCCCGUCCCCUGCCGUCCUCAGCCAAUCCAGACCUGCCCUGCCACUCUCCCCUGGCACCUCUCUGAGUCCUCUGAUUGGGUCAGCCCGCCUGCUCCGGGGACCAGCCUGGUGGUGCAACCUUCUCAGAGACCAAACCCACCACGCUAUCCCAACCUGAUCCCCACCAGCCAUCAUGCCAGCCCUAGAAGACAGGGGUUCAGCCUGACCAGGCACAGCACCCCUCAACCCCUGGCCAAUGAGCCCACUGUGGUGGUCCGGUUGAGAAGUAUGUCAGAUAUUGUGAACAGUCAAACUAUGCCCCCGGAAAAGAAGCAAAUCCUGCCAUCUAAGACUGAAAGGGUCUUUGCAGAGCUAAGAGGGGCAUGCGAUGGGCCUCUGGACCUAUCAGAUCGAGGAAAGUCCAAAACUAACCAAACGCCAAGAGAAUGUUCACCAAUAGCCUUACAAGGUGAAGACAGAGGACAAAGGAGCCCUGACAAGGAUUGGAAGGCCAAUCAAUCUGCACACGGACCAGUGUCCUCAUCUCCUCCUGUCCUCCCCCCCAGAAGCUCCUCUACCCCACCAGGCAAACAACAAGACACAGAGUCUGCCCACGACCAUAAUAACAAG